ACCAGCCCAACUCUCCCCACUCCGGCAAAAGGCAACAGAGGUCUAGGGUUCCGGCCGCCGGAGCAGAUCGCACCACACGGAGGAGCAGAGCCGCCAGAGGGGAGAUGAGCGGGAGCGCGUUCAACGCGUUCAAGUCGCGGGUGCCGGUGGCGUGGAGCCCGAAGCUGUACAUCACGCUGGUGCGCGGGCUCCCCGGGACGCGCAAGCUCCACCGCCGCACCCUGGAGGCCAUGCGCCUCCGCCGCUGCCACCGCACCGUCGAGCACCGCACCACGCCCUCCCUCCUCGGGAUGCUCACCCAGGUCAAGCGCCUCGUCGUCGUCGAGACCGAGGAGAUGUACAACGCGCGGAAGCAGGCCGACGAGCAGCGCCGCGCCCUCAGGCCCCCGCUCGUCGUCUCGCACGCCCCGCCGCCCAAGCCGGCCGCCGCCGCGCCGGAGGGCGCGGGCCAGUAGUCGCCUCCGGGCAUCAUAGUCAUCACAAGCUCUGGUCGCGUUGAUCAACGGAGCCGGGCGUUUCAUUUGCUGGGGGCAGCCUCUUGGCCUCUGAUUUCUAGUUCCUCUUUGUGUCGUCUUGCUCCAAAGAUUAUGUCUUCUUCUCAGUUCUUGUGAUCUGUUCAUUUUUUGAUUAGCGAAGCAGCCUUAAUCGGAGCAGAAAAUUGUUACAGCUUAGGUCCAACAUGGAAUACUGUUGAUUUGUUGGUUCCCUCCUCACCAGAGGGAUUACUAGCUUGGAUUUUAUUUUUUGUUUUAUUGCCAGGGUCGCAACAACUGUCUGGCUUAUUAAAAUCACAACAAUUUGGUAACAUUAGUCGUGGGAUUGGCAACUGAUGUUGAUGAUAGACAGAUGGUGGGAGUAGUAGGGAGUCAGGAUCAUCGUUAGUCACUGGAAAAUUUUCCUGUGAAAACAGACCGACGUUUUCUGGCUAAACACCACAGAAACAGAAUUUUUAUUUUGACAUUAUUAUCUGUCUGCUCUUUGAGUCUUUGGUCGUAAAUCAACAUUUUUAAUGUACAAUGCCGAAAUUGCGCUCACGAGACAAUUUCAGUGGUUGCAGAAUGCACUCUGUUCUAAGAGUGGUUUGUCCACAAUGCAAAUGAUAUUCCGUGUA